AUGAUGCACCCGAACUCGCUCAACUUGCUGCAGACAAAAUGCAAACAAGUCCUCGAGGCGCUGCUGCGGCCGCGCUACCUCGCUUUAAUCCCUAAGUGGAUAUCGAGGGCCUCGCCAGAGGAAAUGCGUCGUCUUCAUUUUCUGAACGGGCUGCCGCGGCUGAUAGAGCAGCCGCAGCAAAGCCUCGACAGCAAUCAGUUUUUAAAAAAAGAAAAAGUUUUUGAAGAGUCUUCUUUGUUGACUCAAAGGGCCCCGAAGGGGGCCCUGGCUUUCGCGGGCACCAAGUACUUCAGCGAAGUAGGGCUCGAGGAGUGGCAGGCCUGCAGAGCGGACAUUGCCAAGCGCUGGGAAGUCGCUGAAACCCUAGGAGACCUCUUCUCCUUUUAUAAUGCUGCAAGAGCUCCCUUUGAAUCCAUUGAGGGUUUGGAGCAGCACGAGAGGCUUUUCCAAGACGCAGACUGCAGGAGACAAAUGGCAGGGCUCCCUAACCCUCGCACCAAACUGCUGGGGCCCUCAGUCCUCACUGAAGAGCAGCAGCAGCAGCAGCAGCAGCAGCUCCUGCUGCAGCAGCAGCAGCAGCAGCAGCAGCUGCUGCACCAGCAACAGCAGCAGCAGCAGUACCGCAAAACCAAUGAGCGCAUCGACUCCACCUAUUCUGUUUCUUUUAAACCCCCCCCAAAAGACUUUUGGCUGCUGCAGCAGCAGCAGCAGCCGCAGCAGCUGCUGCUGCUGCAGCAGCAGCUGCGGGACAUGCGCAGAUGCACUGUUGCUGCAUGCAUUGUGGGCGAAAAACUGGGCCACACCUAA